GGCUUCGGUACGUUUUAGAAGGUCGAUGAGUCGUGGCAAGACACGACGCCAACUUCGGUUUGUGAUUUCCUUCGUGAACAAAUGAAUACGCUGAAUCUGUAUCGUGUUGAUCUUCAGCGUCGCGCUAGAAGUCGAACUACACCUACUUUCUUUCAGGACCCUUUGUAAGCAGAAGCCAGGCACCUAUAUCCCCAAUUAGAAAUUGCCACCUCCGAGAACGCGCAUUUCGAUUUUACUAUUGCACGGCCAUUCUUCUUAUUCUUUAUGUGUGUUAAGGCUGUAACAAUCAUCCAGGAGGAGCAAAAAUAAAAAAGAAUCACAUACACAACACCAGCAAGAGUGCUUUGAUUCCGAUGUAGAUUUUCAGUUUCAUCAGUUCUAGUUCUACCUAUUCAAUUGUACGCUAGCUGUGAUUUUUCAGGCAUGGUGGCCGCGCUCGUAGUAGAUGUGCCUCGUGGAGAUGUGGCCGAUGUUGCCAGAAGUUGCGAGGAGCGUCGUCACGGCACAUCAAAGGCUAGCGAUGGUGACAUCAAGAGCAGUAGCUGGAGCGGUUUAAACAAAGUUCAGAGCGGGCAAGAAAGAGAAGUAACGCCCGCUGCCGCAGAGAACCAGGGCGGAAGUUCGUGUCUCUCGUACUUCAUGGGGCUGGUAUCUUCAUGCGGGUCUUACCUAGUCGCAUUUUUCGCCGGUCUGUUACUCGCCGUCCACCGGGGCAUUGGUGCCAACCUGGCGGCUGCCUACGAUAGUGCACCAUUUGCCAAUAUGAUGAACAUGACGGUAGCUCUGGCUCUGCUGCUUCUUGCCGUGUUGGUUCGUGAGUGCGUUCUUGUGAGGGACGGCGUCAAGGGCACACUGUUCGGACCCAGACUAGCGAAGCCACCUAGCGUUUCUGAGCCUGGUGCUGCCUCGAGGACCAAGGGAAGUACCAUUCCAACACCAAAUAAUCCCGCUGGUGGCCCGAUUGUUCCAGAUAAUAUAGCAGCGCAGAAGGACAAAGGUGCAGGACAUCGCCGGAGCCUCCCAGCGGCUACGAAGCAAGUGGCGGAGCACGCUGCUCUGGAAGUAGAUCUGGAUUUUUUGUCUGUGAAUGACAGCGUGGGUUCGCGCCACACGACCAUCUCUACCAGCGUCAGUGGCAAUCAGUUUCCUGCUGUUGAGCAGGCCUGCUUUUCGCACCUUGCCACCUCGAAGGACUGCACGCAGCAUACUCGCGGUCUCCAUAAAUCCUUAGAAGACGGUGCGGCGGGCGGAUAUGGGGAAGAAGACACAAACGCGUUGACUUCCGACAGUCCUUGGCCGACUUCCGCUUGCGGUUCGUUGCGCGACAAGCAACUGGACACAACAGCGCGGAGCAGAGCAGCAGAAGAAGUCGCUGUGACAGUGGAGCAGACCUCAUCUACGGAAGACGCUCGUCCUGAUGGGGCACAAAUAACUACACAGGACGAGGAAACAAGCGCAAACGAACUGACGCCCCCACGUCCUUUCACAUGGGACUUUUUGAAGGAACACUACUGGAAGUUCACAGGCGGCGCCUACGGGACGUUUAUCGUGACGCAAAACUUCCUCGGUGCGGAGCACAUCGGCUUUGUGGCCCAGGUGCUGACCCUGUUCGUGGGGCAGAUGUUGGGUUCCAUGGUGUGCGACCACAUCGGUUUUGCGAACGCGGCGAAACGAAGAUUGAAUGCCUACAAAUGUGGUGCCGUGGCGGUAGCAACGGCCGGUGUGAUCGUAGUCGUUGUUGAGAGCCAGAGCUCCGACGAGACCGCGAGCGGGGGACCGGGUACUAGUACAACAGCCUCAAGUACUACUAGCAGCGCGGCGAACCACCGGACAACUUUUGUGGAGGAUGAGUUGCCGUUCAUGGUUCUGUCCUUCCUUGGCGGCAUUGCGCUGCCCAUGCAGGGUAGCAUCAACGCCGCGGCGCAGAAACUUUUUUCCCACAAUCCUUUUGCGGGAGCGAUCUCUUCCUUCACGGGCGCGUCCGUAUUGUCGAUUUUGCUUUGGGUCGUCGCAUCCUGGGACGCGUUGUUUCGGGAGGAGCCUGGUUAUUUCUUCGAACAGCCAACCGGAAGAUUAAGGCCAGAAUUCUGGAUGUUCACCAGUGGCUGUAUUGGCGGAUUCGUGGUGUUCUGCGUGGUGGCGCUGGGGCCGAAACUGGGCCAGACCACGAUGUGGAUCCUGAUCGCGUUCGGGCAGCUCCUCGGGGGCGUUUUCAUCGAUCAGUUCGGGCUGAUGGGGUUCCCCGCCAGAAAGGUCAGCCCGCUGCGCUGGGUCGGGAUUGCCGUGGUGUUGCUCGGCGUGCUGCUGAACACCCAGGAGAGUUAGCGGUCUCUAAGGGAAUCCGUCGCGCGGACGACGGGCCUGCUGAUCGGGUCGAUCCGCGGUUCCUCCAUGGCAGCUAGCACGCAGAGCGCGUCGUCGGCUCGUUUCGUGACCGGGCGAUUUCACGACACGAUCACUAGAAGGAGUGCUAGCGGUCGCACAACGAUGGAAGAAAGCAGUGCAAUUGAGAAACAUGGUUGUGAUACUGUUCUUGGGACUGACGGAGACGUAAGACGAGAUACAAGUAGAACAGCAGACUACUUUGACCAUAGUUGUACAUCAUCAGCAAGAACAAGUAGUUCUGGUGCACUCAGCGCGCCCGUGUGAAGCGGUAGGUUUUCGAUGGAUUCUAACUUGUAGCGUGCUUCGGGCGAAAAGAAGUGUAACAGAUACCUACUACCUGGUUUCGCCGCA